AUGUUUAUCGACGGCCACACGCCCACGUACACCGCAGUAGACGAAAAUAUUGAGGUUCAAGACGAAGAAGAUGAGCCUCCAGAACCCGUCCAAAUACUUGAACAGGUCUCUUCCUUUGACGAGGUGAUUGUCUGGGGCCACGAUAGGUUACCAGCUUUGGAAGAUCCAUAUGUGAAGGGCAUCGAAGAAUGGAUAUCGUUCGCCCAAGCCAUCCAUGGAAAAUCCUCUCACCAAGGCCAGUCCCCGGCAUGA